GUUGAGAUCCCAGAAGACUUUGCAGAAACAAUCCACCCGUUGUAAUGGUUAACUUUCUUUCAUCAUCUUUCUCCUUGAUUUUCCUAUGAUCUCAAGCACUUGCUUCGCAACAAUGCUCGUUAAAAGUAUCUGGUUAACAUGUGCUGUAGCUUUUGCCAUUUGCUUUGCAAUUUGUGAUGCUGAGGGACAAAAACACUGUCCGCCCGUUUCUUGCGGGGAUCUCCACAACAUUAGAUACCCUUUUCGGUUGAAUGGUUCUUCGUCUGAUCAGAAUUGUCUCAACCAUCCAGCGGUAUUAUCAUGCCAACAUAACAACACCAUUCUAAAUCUGUUCAAUGGCACAUAUUAUGUGAGGAGAAUCAACUAUGAAGAUCAUACAAUUCAUGUUGUGGAUCCUGGUCUGCUAAGCGAUACUUGCCCCCCUCUGCCACUCCACCCUUUAACAAAGCGUAAUUUCAGUGCAAAAGAUCGAUACCAGGCAUAUGGUUAUGGGGCCAACGAUUACUUGGUUUUCUUUGAUUGCCAGUUCCCAUUUAAUGAGUCCCUGGACUGCGUAAAAAAUAUUUGCAAUACCUAUUCUGCGACUUCAUAUUCUUAUAUUGCAAAUGGAGCUUUUCAAAAUGGAGCUUUUGAUAAUAGAAUGCAGAUUUUAUCUUGUUAUACGGCCACAACCAUUCAACCGAUACCAAUCCUUGCCUUGUUAGAAGAAAUCGGGAACUUUACUUCAUCUUCCAUCCACGAUGAGUUGCAAAGGGGAUUUAAGCUUUCAUGGGAAAGAUUUAUCUGCGGCAGCCGAUACCAAUCCUUCCAUUGUUUCCUUAAAUCUUUGAAACGUGGUUUCAUAGCAGCUGCCAAGAUCGCUGGAUAGAAUCUGAUAGCACGAUUGGUACUUGGCAUUAUUGUUUUGUUGGGUUUCUGCAGCCGCAAACUGUAUUGGAGAAAGUUCCUAAAGGAAGACGAUGAUGCAGUUGAAGAAUUCUUGGAUGCGUACAAGAAUCUUAUGCCGAGGAGGUAUUCCUAUUCAGAUAUUAAAAAGAUGACACGUAAUCUCAAAGAUAAACUCGGUCAAGGAGGCUUUGGUUCUGUUUUCAAAGGGUUGCUGCCAGACGGUCAUCUUGUUGCAGUAAAGAUGUUGAGUGGUACCAAAGGCAAGGGGCAAGAUUUCAUCAGUGAAGUUGCCACAAUAGGAAGAAUUCAUCAUGUCAAUGUGGUGCAACUAAUUGGAUUUUGUUCGGAGGGAUCGAAAAGAGCUCUUGUUUAUGACUUCAUGCCUAAUGGAUCUCUUGACAAAUAUAUCUUUUCUGAGAAAGAAAAGAAUGUAAUUCUUAGCUGGGAUGUAAUGCAUGAGAUAGCUCUUGGUGUGGCUCGUGCAAUCGAAUAUCUACACCAGGGAUGCGAUAUGCAAAUUUUGCACUUUGACAUCAAACCUCACAACAUUCUUCUUGAUGAAAACUUUGCUGCUAAAAUUUCCGACUUUGGUCUUGCGAGAUUUUACCCUAGAGAUAACAACACCGUUUCUCUUACUGCUGUGAGAGGCACAUUUGGGUAUAUGGCUCCAGAACUGUUCUACAGAUCUAUCGGAGGAGUUUCAAAGAAAGCUGAUGUGUAUAGCUUCGGAAUGUUGCUAUUGGAAAUGGCAGGACGGAGGAAGAACUUUAAUGAACACGCACAAAACUCAAGCCAGAAAUACUUCCCUUCAUGGAUUUACGAGCAACUAGAGAAAGGAUUGAGCAUUGAAAUUGAGAAUGCCUGCGAGUCUGAUAAGAAAGUAACCAAGAGGAUGCUUAUGGUUGCAUUGUGGUGCAUUCAACUGAAGCCAGCGGAUCGCCCUUGUAUGAGCAAAGUUGUAGAGAUGCUUGAAGGUGAAGUCGAAGCCUUGCAGAUGCCGCCGAAACCUUUUUUCUGUCCCCAGCAAAUGCCAAUGGAGGAUCCAUCUGAUGAGACGGAUGUCGAAGAGGAAUCUUCCCUGUUACAUGAUAGUGCUACCGGAACCACGGCCUCUAUUCCAGAAAUAAUCAUCCUUGGAAGAACAAGAAAUUACUCAUAAACGGAUACUGAUCCGUGCCAAUUGUAUCAUCAUCUUAUGUUUCUGCCACAAAAAUUUGGUAGUUUUGGAAGCUUUCUUUUUUCCAACGGCCUUUAGUAGAGUGAAGAAAAAAACAUGAAAGUUGAAACCGAUGCAUUUGGUACUAAGAGCUUCCAAAUACUUUUUUAA